UGGGAUUGUGCCCAGACUCAUUCUGCAUAGCCGAAUAGAGAGAGAGAGAGAGAGAGAGAGAGAGAGAAAGAUCUUGUUGUUGUGUAGCUGCUAGUUCAGCACUGUUAGCUGCAGUCUCUGCUCUGCUGUACCGAGGACUUUUGGCCAUGCAUUUAUCCAGACUCACUGUGUUGUUGAUCUCUGCAGUGCUGGUUAAUGGUGGUGUAGUCCGGGCAAGUUCACACGCAGAUCUCGAUCCAGGCUUCCUUCAGUGCCAUGACUGUUUUUUCAGGGGCUCGCCUCCACAGGCUCUCUCUGAUGUGGGUUUGGAGCAGAGGUGUCACAGACAUCUGACCGGACGGCCUUUUGCAUCACUGUUUAACACCAACUGCCAGAGCACAGUCUUCACAGCACUUCACCUCAGCUUGAAUAAUGGAUGGGGCAGAGGAGAGCAGAGCACGGAAGCCCAAGAGAUCAAUGUUGAUUCCCAUGUGGCCAUCCCAGCACUUUACAGAGAAACCUCAGAUGGGACUCCAUCAUCCUCACCGUUCCUCCAGUGGGAUUCUCUGACAGCCGAGUUGAUCCGGAGUUCCAUCAUAGAAAAGUGUUCAGAGAAUGGUGGGGAAAUUUAUGUGCAGACUGGUGUGGGCGGCUUUAAUGAAUGUGGAGGGAAACCGAUGUGGUCAGCACUGUGUUGUGCUGCUUCAGGCGGAGAUGGCAGCUUCAGUUUUGGGAUAGUAAAGGAGGGGGAUGUGAAUGUUCUCAGCAUUAAGGCACUAGAAGAGCGGGUCGGUGUUACAGGGCUGUUUUCAGGAGACUGUGGUGAAAUGAGACAUGAGAUAGAAGAGGAACUUGCUUCCAUUUUGAAAAAGGAGAUGAAUAGCAUUGAAACACCCAAUUCUGAUGCACAAAGCGAGGAACACAUUAGCAAAGGUAACACUCAGGAAGCAGAAGCAGAGUCAAUAGAUGAGGAAGUGACCUCAGAGUCUUCAGAAUCCGCCUUGGGUUCAGACAUGGACAUUCAGGAGGACAGCGAUGAAAUUGAGCGCUCCGAAUCAGUUCUUCUCUACAUCUUGUCCACCAUCUUCUCUCUCCUUUAUGCCCCAUUCUCUCCAAUCGUAAACAUAGCCACUAAUCUUCCUUUCCAACUGGGUCAUGUUCUCCAGGAAGAUCUGGCUGUUCUGGCCUCAGUGCCUGUUGACAGCUUCACUUUGGUCAACAAUCUGGGCUCAGGAGUGUGUUCUGGAGUUUCAUGCGUCUUGAACACCUUGUACAAGACUGGAGAAACUAGCGUGUGCACUAUGUACGCCUGUCUCUCUCCACUAGCUGGCAGUUUGGGGCUGGCAUUCCAGGAGGGAUUCAUAGGAACGGGGACUCUGGCUUCAGAUGCCGUAGGUAUCAUGACAGGCACAGUGGGGAAUGCUUUUAGUAUCAUCGUAACUGUUCUAGGGUCAGUCUGGGAUGGCAUGGUACAUUACCUAUGGGCCUUAUCUUCAGAAAUGGGCCACCAAGUGUCAACUGUAGGCAGUGGGAUUGGGAAACUGAGCUGGAGAAGUGGUAAAGGAGUGGGUCAUGUGCUCAACUUUGGUGUGUCCAUUGUAGGUGGAGUGGUGGAAAAUACUGUAGUCAAUGUUCUGGAAGCCUUCGGAGGAAGCUCAGAGGAAUCAUCUCAAUUGCAAACACCUAAAUUGCUGACAUCUGAAGUGGUUGGUGAAUAGAUUUCAACGUGUGUGUGUAUAUGGCUGUGUUAGCUAUACCUUAUUUGCAUAUUACACAACAAAUAAAGUGCAACACGACUUAUCCACUUUUGUUGCAGCCUUGGUUUUGGAAGAACUUUCCUAGUUUUUUUUUAAUAGAUAAAGUACAAAAGGACAUGAAAAUCAGACAAUAAAACAAAUGUAGAUAACUUUACUAAACAGCUUUUAGAGUGACAGAACUACAAUUCACAAAUUACACCAUUUGAAACAAAUAAUUCUAAAAUUAUUCAUUUGAAUUGUUGAAAAUGUAUAUUUGAGUAAUACAGUUUUCCUCUCUGUGAUUUCUGCUGAUAAAUAUUCAUCUUUAAAACAAAUAAUCUAAAAUAUGUUGACAAAUGGCUUCAACAAAAUCAUAUUCCAUUGAUUAAUAACUUAGUAGCUCAAUAUAGGUCUGUCUUUAAUAAUAUCAGUAGACACCAGUUUUCCUAUAAAGAAAAUGAAUGGGACUUUCUUUGGGAAAAGUUCUGGGACCUGGUUGUAGCUCUCUAUUGUGUCCAGCAGACUGCACAUUGAAUAUUGACCAUUAGGCAUGUGGAUUUAAGUCAUGAUACCUCAUGAAACUAACUUGUAUAUUCAGCCUUAAAAGGAGAACCGUGUCAUUUGCAAACACCUGAAUUGCUGACAUCUAAAGUGGUUGGUGAAUAGAUUUAAAUGUGUGUGUGUGUAUGGCUAUAUGUUAGCUAUAUCUUAUUUGCAUAAUAAACUAAUAAAGUGCAACACCACUUACCCACUUAAGUUGCAGCCUUGGUUUUGGAAAAAUUGUAUUUUUAAUAGAUAAUACAUUAAAUAAAAUUGAAAGUCAUGAACAAAACCAUGUGGGUUUAAUACCACUUUAAAAACUUUAAUUCAAAUGAAAAGUACAUGAAAAAUCAGACAAUAAAACAAAUGUUGAAGACUUUACUAAACAGCUUUUUAGAGGGACAGAACUACAAUCCCAAGUACCACAAAUGACAUAAAUAAAAAAGACAAUGAAAACCUGUAAAAUGAUUCAUUUAAAUAAUAGAAAAUAUAUAUUUGAUGGAGAAUUUUUGGGUAAUACAGUUUUCCACCCUGUGAUUUCUGCUGAUAAAUAUGGAUUUUUAAAAAAAGAAGCUAAAAUAUGUGGACUGAUGACGUCAACAAAAUCAUAUGCCGUUGAUUUACAACUAGCUCAAUAUAGGUCUGUCUUUAACAAUGCCGUUAGACACCAGUUCUCCUAUAAAGAAAAGGAAUGGGAUUUUUAGUUCCGCGACCUGGUUGUAGCACUCUAUUGUGUCCAGCAGACUGCGCACUAAAUAUUGAGCAUUAGGCAUGUGGAUUUAAAUCAUGAUACUUCAUGAAACUAUCUUGUAUAUUCUGCCUUAAAAGGAGGAAGACCAAUAUGCACCUUCAAAGUUAAAAUUUUUUUUUUGGAGGGUUCACACUGAUUUUUGUUUCUUAAGAAACGGUAGGUUCAGGGAGAUUUCUAAAUGUUUCAAGGUGCUGAGCGAUGUUGGUUAUGUGUCAUAAAGAUGAUGUAACUGUUGUGUGUUUGUCAUUUCACUUGACAUACAAAUGCCUUGCUAUGCUGUGGUUUAUAUGCUACAAUAAAACCUCUUCUCUGUGA